AUGACAACAAGGGAACAAGCGACAAAUGGCGCCGGGAGUGAAGCAGACCAGGCAACUGGACUAAUGAAGAAUGGGGAUCAAAGCCGCAAGGACAUCCCCACCCCGAUAGCGGAAUUCUUGACGCCAAAGCGAUGGAUCAGAGUUGGAUGUUGGAACAUGCGAACACUCUACCAGACUGGAAAGCUAGCGCAAGUGGUGAGUGAGCUGAACCGAUACAACCUGACCCUUAUGGGAGUAACAGAAGCAAGAUGGACUGGCUCUGGCAAGCAGAAGGUGAGUUCCGGAGAAGUCAUCAUCUGGUCAGGAAGAACUGACAACGACCACCGGGAAGGAGUUGCCGUCAUCAUCAGCAAGAGCAAGGCCAACACCGUGCUACAGUGGAACCCUGUGAACGAGCGCCUGCUGUACAUCAGGAUGAACUCCAAGUACGCCAAGCUGUCUGUUGUUGUGGGUUACGCACCAAUAGAUGAUGCGGAAGAAGAGGACAAGGAUGCAUUCUACGCCGCCCUUCAAAGUGUUUUAGAAGACAUCCCUCAACACGACGUGCUGAUGAUGCUCGGCGACUUCAAUGCUAAGGUUGGCUACGGCAGGACCGAGAACCAGAUCGACCACAUCAUCAGUAACGGUCGGUGGAGGCACUCUCUGCAGGACGUGCGUGUGAUGCGACAUGCAGAUAUCGGCAGCAACCAUAGUCUUCUGGUGGCCAAGGUGACUAUGAAGCUCAGGAAAGCCAAGACGGGAGGCAUCAAGAACCAACGCUACAAUGUCGUCAAGUUGAAAGACCCAAAAGUGAAAGAAGAGUUUAGGUUAACCCUCAGGAAUAGAUUUAGUAUUUUGGAAGAUGAGGCAGCACUGACCAUUGAAGGCUUCAACAGAGUAAUGAAAGAGACAGGAGAGGAAGUUCUGGGCUUCAGAAAGAGCAAGAAGACAAAACGGAUCUCAGAAGAAACGUGGUCUGGUAUAGAAGAAAGAAGACAGAUCAAAAAGAAACUGUUGGACACCAAAUCCCUAUGA